AUGGAUAAAGGAGACCCCAACAAACUGAGGGGCAAAAUACCCUCUUUUGCCUUCUUCAUGCAGACCUGCCCAGAAGAGCAUGAGAAGAAGCACCCAGAGUCUUCUGUCAACUUCGCCAAAUUCUCCAAGAAAUGUUCUGAGAGAUGGAAGACAAUGUCUGCAAAAGAGAAGUCCAAGUUUGAAGAUAUGGCCAAAAGUGACAAAGCUCGUUAUAACAGAGAGACGAAAAAUUAUGUUCCUCCCAAAGAUGAUAAAAAAGGAAAGAAAAAAGAUCCCAAUGCCCCUAAAAGGCCACCAUCUGCUUUCUUCCUGUUCUGUUCUGAACACUGUCCAAAUAUCAAAAGUGAACACCCAGGCCUGUCUAUUGGGGAUACUGCAAAACAAUUGGGUGAAAUGUGGUCUGAACAGUCAGCCAAAGAUAAACAACCAUAUGAACAGAAAGCAGCUAAGCUAAAGGAGAAAUAUGAGAAGGAUAUUGUUGUAUACUGUGCCAAGGGCAAAAGUGAAGCUGGAAAGAAGGGCCCUGGCAGGUCAACAGGCUCAAAGAAGAAGAAUGAACCAGAAGAUGAAGAGGCAGAGGAGGAGGAAAAAGAUGAAGAUGAUGAGGAAGAGGAUGAAGAUGAAGAAUAA